AAAACUUCAUCUUCUCCCAAUUCCAUUUCUCUCUCUCUCUCUCUCUCUCUCUCUCUCUCUCUCUCUAAAGAGAAGUAAAGAACAAAGUGAAAGAGAAAAAAAAGGGAAAAAACAUGUCCUCCCCAAGCAAGCGGCGAGAGAUGGACCUUAUGAAACUGAUGAUGAGUGAUUACAAGGUGGAGAUGAUCAAUGAUGGAAUGCAAGAGUUUUAUGUCCAUUUCAAUGGACCUAAUGAGAGUCCUUAUCAUGGAGGUGUUUGGAAAGUAAGAGUUGAGCUGCCAGAUGCUUAUCCUUAUAAAUCUCCUUCCAUAGGCUUUGUUAAUAAGAUCUAUCAUCCAAAUGUCGAUGAGAUGUCAGGAUCGGUUUGUCUAGAUGUUAUCAAUCAAACCUGGAGCCCCAUGUUUGAUCUUGUCAAUGUGUUUGAGGUUUUUCUUCCACAACUUCUGUUAUAUCCGAAUCCAUCAGACCCCUUGAAUGGAGAAGCUGCUGCUUUAAUGAUGCGUGAUCGAGCUUCUUAUGAUCAAAGGGUUAAAGAAUAUUGUGAGAAGUAUGCUAAGGCUGAAGACAUAGGAGAUGCAACAGAAGACAAGUCUAGUGAUGAUGAGGAACUAACUGAAGAUGAAUAUGAUUCAAGUGAUGAACAAGUGGCUGGUAAGGCAGAUCCAUAGUAGCCUUAUUAUGAUGCCAUUGUUCACUCACAAAUCACAAUGUAAUGUUAAUUAUUACCUGUAAAAUGUAAAUUAUGUUCUAGUUAUUAUAUGUUAAUUAACAUCCUCAUUACAUGGAAAUGAACUUUGAUUGUUGUUAUUGGUAGGGGGGGAAUUCUCCUCCCUUGUUCUUAGCUAGUCAAUGUAAAUAAUGAUGCAACAUUUGAUUUCCUAAUGUAAUGUAGUUCUCUUGUUCAAUCCAUAAGCUAUUUUUGCAGUAA